AUGGACAUCAAACAGCUGGAAAACGCGAUAGGUAUCGCGCUGCAAGGCACUGGCGACCCUGCUUUGAGGCAGCAAGCCAUUGGAUACUGCAAUGAGGUCCGAGACUCUGCAGACGGGUGGCAAGCUGGGCUGGCCAUUGUCGUCGAGCCCGAAAAAAGGCUGCCCGAGGCGGUGUUUUUUGGCUAUCAGGUGCUGGACGCCGCUCUGCCCCGCCUCGGCGCUGCGGAGUUGAACAUUGUGCGAACCAAGCUCUGGGAGUUUGUUACCGCAAUGGUGCAGAAAGACGGCCCCAGUUUGCCCUCUCAUACCCGCAACAAGCUUGCCCAGACUCUUGCCUUUUUGUUUGUCCUGCUCUACCAGUCUACGUGGUCGACUUUCUUCACUGAUCUCCAGCGGAUUGCUUCAGGUAACGCCAAGGCCACCGAUCUGUAUCUUCGCGUGCUCAAGUCAGUCCACGAGGAGAUCGGUGACGCACUCAUCAUUCGGGAGCCUGAAGUCACCCAGCGCAACUCCGCCCUCAAGGACCAGAUCAGAGCCCAGGACAUGGCCCAGCUGGUUCUGUCUCUGGGGUCCAUUUUGCAUGAAUACUCGGAAUCAAACAUGGAGAUCGUUGAGGGGGCUCUGGGAGUCACCGGCGGAUGGGUUUCGUGGAUCGAGAUUUCCCUUAUUGUCGGCAACGCUGCCCUGGUCGAGCUUAUUUUCAAGCAACUCACUAAUCCGCAGGUGCGGGUGGCUGCGUGUGCCACUAUUGGCGAAAUUAUUUCCAAAAAAAUGCCCCCUGAAAACAAGCUCGAACUUAUCAUCCUUCUCAACCUCACUCAGCUACUGCGCGAGUUGCCAGCCGCUGCAGGUGACCUUACAUUCGACGAGCGAGUCGCUUAUCUGGCCAACAUUGUUGGUAGCGAACUAUGCCGUAUUAUGGACCGCGAUGAAAUCAACGAAGACGUUCGUGCCAAGGCAGAGGAACUCCUGGUGGAGCUCAUGCCCGUAAUUAUUGGCUACCUGCGCAAUGAGUGUGAUGACACUUCUAUACAGGUUAUUCCCUGCAUCAACGACUAUUUGCAGUAUGUCCGCAAAGAUACAAAGCGUCGGCAGGCCCAACUUGACACCUCCAAGCUGACCAAAAAUAACUUUGGUCAGUUUGUAGACUUUCCUCCUCCAGCGACCUUCAUUCCAGAAUCUCGUAGACUCCUGCUCAAACAUCUCCUCAGUAAUAUUAUUGCCAAGUCGGUUUACGACGAUGAGGCUGAAUGGGCAGGGCAGGACGAUGAGGAUGAAGCCGAGUUCCAGCAGCUGAGAUCCAAGCUCAAGGUGCUCCAGGAGCAAAUUGCCACCAUCGAUGUGGACAUGUUUAUGGACGAUGUUGCCCAAUUUGUCACGGUAAAGCUCUCUGGUCUGCGCGAACAGCCCUGGCAACAAACCGAGCUGGGGCUCUACGAGCUUGCUGCGUUUGGCGAUAUCCUCAAGGGCGGAGUCGGUCGUGCGGUCCGAGGAGCCGAGUCAAGGGCCCAGCAGGUCCUUUUCGAGCUGUUCAGGGCAAUGGUUUGCUCUGAUGUCAUCCAGACCCCUCAUGGCGCCGUACAGCUAUGGUACAUGGAGUUAGUUCAUCGUCAUUCCGGUUUCUUUACAAGUGACAACCGAGACCUUCUUUUCAAAACUCUAGAGGUGUUUUUGUCGCCUCUUGGUGUACAUAACCGCGAUCCUGCUGUUCGAGUGCGCAGUUGGUAUCUCUUAUUCAGGGUUGUAAAAUCUGUUCGCAGACUUCUCGAGCCUAGCAGCGAUAUCUCAUCGCAGAUCUUACGCUCAGUCAUGCCCCUUUUACAUGUUGAGGUUCAGCUUCCCAAGCCUGCCGACGAUAGCAGCGACGACGAAACCAAUCCCAACCUCGAGUUCGACGCUCAGCUUUAUUUGUUCGAGCUUUGUGGUAUGCUGAGUGAACAAGCAGGCUCAGAAGCUGCCGAGCUAUUGAGAGUUUUAUUCGGAGAUAUCGAGCAGGCAGUUUCUUCGGCCAAGCAGGCUCGUGAAGCUCGAAGAACAGAAGCGGCUGAGCUCGCGUACCUUCGAGCCCAUCAUGAUAUCAUGGCUCUCGGGACAUUUGCACGCGGUGUUGCCGAUGUUGUUGGUGCCGACAGGGGACAAAAGGGCGAGUUUGCCACUGUGUCUGAGAUGCGGAGUGCCGCUGCAGCUGUCGCGGCUGUGGUUGAAGUGCUCUACGACGUACCUCAAGUACGUGAAGCGUGCCGGCACGCUAUUUCACGACUGGUUGGACUAAUGGGAUCUCAAAUUAUUAUGGAAGUCUCGAGACUUGUUAAUUCUUUGCUAACCCACAGUGAGUGCCCGGAGGAAAUGGGUGAUUUGCUUAGCUUCUCGGGUCAGCUGGUUCAUGUCUUCCGAACGGAUGCUACAGUCUUUGAUAUGUUCACUUCAUUAAUUGCUCCAUUACUCGAGCGGGUAUUUUCUCGAUUGCAAAGCACUGCUGUUGAAGCUCAGAGCGGCUCAACCGAUGCCCAAGUUGCUCGUAAAGACCUGGUCCGCUUGUACUUGGCAUUCAUUAGCAACCUGCUAAGUAACCGGUUCGGCGCCGUUUUCUUGGUCGAACGUAACUUGGCAGUCUUCGAGUCAGUCAUGGAGAGCUUAAUACAUUACUCUCAAACCGCAGAAAACGAUGUUAGCAAUCAGCGCCAAGCGGUGAUUGCCCUGGCAAAGAUUGUUCAACUUUGGGGCACUGGCCGGGUUGCCGCUGAUAAUUUUGGUGCCGGCCAGCCAGUUGCUCUUUUCCAAGGCGACUUUGUCUACGAAAAGCUCACUGAGCUAUGCUGGACCCUUACGACCAAACCCGGCUUCAGCCUAAAAGAUGCGCAAACCAGACUUGUUGUCUUAGAGCUUGGCGGGCUCCAAAAGGCUUGCUACGAGGCUGCAGGACCUAGAUAUAUGGAGGUGGUCGCCAAGUAUCUGCGAGCUGCAGGACUUGCCUCUCCAUUGGUUGAUGGGUUUGUGAACCAACUUGCUAUGGCACCCGCUAAAGACUUUAAGCGCUAUUUCUACGAUUUCUUGGUAAAAUCAGCGUCCUGA